AUGUUGAUUACCCCGCUCCCUCCAGUCCUCAGCCAGCACCAGCACCCACUUCCUCCCACUCCCUCACAGCCGACAACCACACCCACUCCCUCACAGCCCGACAACAACACCCACUCCCUCACAGCCCGACAACCAGCACCCACUCCCUCACAGCCCGAGCACCCACACAGACAACCAGCACCCACUCCCUCACAGCCCGACAACAGCACCACUCCCCACAGCCCCAACCAGCACCCACUCCCUCCCACUCCCUCACCAGACAGCCGACAACCAGCACCCACUCCCUCACAGCCGACAACCAGCACCCACUCCCUCACAGCCGACAACCAGCACCACUCCCUCACCAGCACCCACUCCCUCACCCGACAACAGCACCCACUCCCUCAACAGCCGACAACCAGCCACCCACUCCUCACAGCCCGACAACCAGCACGCCACUCCCUCACAGGCCGCCAGCUCCCUCACACCAACCACCCCACUCCCUCACAGCCCGACAACCAGCACCCACUCCCUCACAGCCCCAAGCACCCACCCCUCACAGCCCGACACCAGCACCCACUCCCUCACAGCCGACAACCAGCACCCACUCCCUCACAGCCCGACAACCAGCACCCACUCCCUCACAGCCCGACAACCAGCACCCACUCCCUCACAGCCCGACAACCAGCACCACUCCCUCACAGCCCGUCACAGCCGACAACCAGCACCCACUCCCUCACAGCCCGACAACCAGCACCCACUCCCUCACAGCCGACAACCAGCACCCACUCCCUCACAGCCCGACUCCUCCACACCCACUCCCUCACAGCCCGACAACCAGCACCCACUCCCUCACAGCCCGACAACCGACAGCCCGCAGCACCCACUCCCUCACAGCCCGACAACCAGCACCCACACAGCCGCCAGCACCCACUCCCUCACAGCCCGACAACCAGCACCCACUCCCUCACAGCCCGACAACAGCACCCACUCCCUCAACCAGCACCCACUCCCUCACAGCCCGACAACCAGCACCCACUCCCUCACAGCCCGACAACCAGCACCCACUCCCUCACAGCCCGACAACCAGCACCCAACCCAGAAUUCACUCCCCUGGCACCCCAAAGACGUCUAUCUCACAAGCGGUGGUCGUCCUUGGCAGCUACCAUUGCCUUUGACAGCGUGUUUAAUGGUCGUAUGAGGAUUGCAGUGUUGCCGAUGGCGUGGGUGAUGGAUGGAUGUUCCGUUAAUAACUCCGGUCCCGUUGCUUCAUCUCUGUCAGGAAAUAGCAGCUCCUGA